AUGUCAUCAGUAAAUUUUGGUGUCUUACUCAUUGUUCUGUUCUUGAGCCGCGCUGCAUACCGACUCUGGUUCAGUCCGCUAUCCCAUAUUCCAGGCCCGAGACUCGCAGCUCUGACUUCCUGGUACUGUGCCUACCAUGAUAUUAUACGCGGCGGUCAGUACGUAUGGGUUAUUGAGGCCAUGCACCAGAGAUACGGUCCAAUCGUUCGAAUAAGACCUGACGUCGUGCACGUGAAUGACCCGAGCUUCAUCGAGCAGCUGUACCCACUGUCACCUCACCUACGCCGUGAACGCGCACAGACAUUCUUGAAUCUUUUUGCCGAGUACCUGUCAGUGCUCCCAACAAAGGAUCAUCAACUCCAUCGUCAACGUCGCGCUCUACUGAGUCGCUACUUCUCGCAACGGAACGUUCGCCGUUUAAUGCCAGUCAUCAACGAUACAUUGGCAAGAUUGCUUCAUCGCAUGGAGGUAUGGGCGCGAAACGGGACUCCUGUUGCACUCAACGCGGCAUACAAAGCUGCCACCAAAGACAUCAUUCAAGUCUACGCUCUUGGAGAUGGUCAAAGAUGUUUAGAGAUGGAGGAUCUCAAUGCACCAUUUUUCAAGAUCUUGAACACUGAACGCUUGUCUCAUGUCAGCGUUCACUUCCACUGGGUUCCGACACUCUUGGCGAGUCUCCCACCGCGGUUGCUCAUCGCUUUGAACCCAUCCAUAUCAGCUUUCGCUCGCUUUAUUGAGGAUCUCACCACCAAGAUUGAAGGCAUCCGCCAGACUGCGAAAGAUGAUCCAGGCCAAACAAUCUUUCAUGAGAUCUUGCGCGGUGACAUAUCUUCUGAAGAAAAGUCCACGCCCCGCCUCGUCGACGAAGCAAUGGUCCUCACAAUAGCAGGGGCAGACACAACGGCCUCAACACUUACUGCUCUGACUUAUCAUGUCCUUAGCGAUCCUUCCAUCUUUGUGCGGCUCAGGAACGAGUUAGAGUCCGUUAUGCCUGAUCUAGACCAAGCCCCGGACCCAAAAGCGCUCGACACAUUGCCUUAUCUCAACGCGCUUAUUGAAGAAUCGCUCCGUCUUUACCCUGCUGGUUCGCAUCGCCAGGAUCGCGUGGCUCCAGACGAGGAGCUCAUUUUUACGUAUCCCAAUGGGCAAACACUCCGCAUACCCGCUGGAACAAUAGUCGGUAUGACUGCGCCACUCGUCAAUCGUCAUCCUGCGUGGUACGAAGAUCCCGAAGUGUUCAGCCCUGACCGGUACCUGGAGAACCCCAAGCUAUUAAGACGCCAUUUUACAUUCUCAAGGGGUACGCGCCAGUGCCUUGGCAUGAAUCUUGCGUAUCAAGAGCUACAAACCUUCACGGCUGGCAUAUUCCGCAAGUACAGCAUCUACGACAGCGCGCUGCAGACCCAGAAGGGCCCUACACUCGAGCUCUUCAAGACGGGGAUCGAGGACAUCAAGAUGCACGCGGAUUACGUUACACCUGGUGUACGGCCUGGUAGUCAAGGUGUGAGGGUAGUGAUUCGGAACCCUUAG